CAAGGAGGCCCAGUAAAAGGCCUAUAUAUAUAUAUGCGCUCUGCCUCACUCACCAACAGCAACACCAACAAGCUUCCUCACGCACAUCCACGUCUUUGUCUACGACGCUAGUCCACUACUAUUUUAGUUCACGUUCAAUUACCUACCUACCUACCUACAGCAACAAUGUUCGCCGCCAAGCUGCUCGCUCCCCUCGCCGUCCUGGCGUCCGCUGUUUCGGCCCAGCAGGACAACGGCCACUGGACCCUCUCGCAGCUGAACGUCACCGUCAGCCCGUCGCACACGACCAUCUCGUUCUACGUCGACGACACCAACAAGCCCGGCCAGUUCCGCUGCUGGAACGAGAUCUACGGCGGCGAGGACUACUGGUUUCCCUGCCUGUACGACCACGACGACGUCCACUUCGCCACCGACCUCAACCUGACGGAGAUCUACAUGGGCCGCCGCAUCGACGACGUGCAGGCCGGCACGGUGACGCGGACGAACGGCUCGGCGCCGCUGGGCCUCGAGUGCAAGGGCACGCUGGGUGGGGAGGACUGCCACCACGCGGGGGAGCUGGUGGUGCCGGUCACGCAGAAGACCAUGGUGGCGUAAGAGAGGGGCCAUACUCUACUAGUAAGUAGUCGGUGGUUUAGGAGCUCUACGAACGCGCAGGCAGGGCCGUGUGUGGCGCCUGUGGCGCUCGCGAGUGGAGAUGAGACGGUGCGUGUGGGCGUGCGGGCGUGUUUCGCCAGGGCGGGCAGCUGUGAUGAGUGGUCAGUAGAGAGAACGACUCGACGUUAGGACGUUUGAUAAUAAUUCCGAGUGUUUACCGUUUUGGCGCCGCCGUUGAGGGAGAAGGAGUUGGUUAGCGAGGGGCGAAAGAGGGCGCGCAAGCGAAGCAGCAGAGAAGAAAAAAUCGAAGACACCGAGAAAGCGAGCGAGAGUCGGAGAGAAAGAAAGGCCCAAGAGCAAGACAUAGAGCAACGGCAGGCGCGUGCAUCGCGGCCCCUCCCCCUCA